UUGACUCUUGACUCGUUAGCGUUUUUUUCACCACAUGGUAAACCGGAUUAGGGGAUCAACGUGGUGUGGCUCGAUGUGGUUGAUUUUCUUUUUCUUUUUUAAUUCCAAGAGUUCACGCAAGUCAGUAAUAACUCAUCGACAUGACUGAAAGUAAAGGAGAAGCGAGUCCUAAACCGACAAAAUCGCUAUUGUCUUUGAAUCCCGAGCAAGAGUGCGAGUUCAAAAAGAAGGUACAGCAGGUGAAGAAGUCCAACAAGGGGAACCGUUUGACACCAGGGGUGAUUUAUGUUGGCCAUUUGCCUCUUGGGCUCUUUGAGCCGCACCUCAAAGCCUACUUCGAACAGUUUGGGACAGUCUUACGACUACGUCUAUCCAGGAGUAAAAAGACGGGAGGAAGCAAAGGCUAUGCGUUUGUGGAGUUUGAGUGUGAUGAAGUAGCCAAGAUUGUAGCAGAGACCAUGAACAAUUACCUGAUGGGAGAAAGGCUCAUUAAAUGCCAUGUAAUUCCACCAGAGAAAUUGCAUGAGAAGUUGUUUGCUGGCUCCAGUAGGACCUUUAAAAAACCUUCCAAGCCAGCUGUGUUCCGGUACAACCAGGAACGCACAAGUGAGCAAGUCUCUAAGAUGACUGACAAGCUCCUGCGCAAGGAGCGUAAUCUCCGCAAGAGGCUUGCAGCACAAGGCAUUGACUAUGACUUCCCAGGAUUUGCUACCCAUGUAACCCAGAAGAAGUCUGAGUCUUUGAAUGAAUCUGCAUAUAGUGAUGGCACUACACCAAUGUGCACCCCUUCUUUCCUGGAAAGGAGGAAGUCCAUGGUCAGUGAUGAUGAAGAGAUUGUCAUCAAGAUGCCGUCUGUAGAGAAAGAUGAUGAGUGCUCCUCAGAGGAGGAGGAGGAGGAGGAUGGCGAUUCUGAGCGUGAGGAACCCUGAAAAGCUGAUGGGGAUGCGUAGCCAGACUUGGUCUUGUUUUCUUGUGGACCUCUUUCUCUGGUUUUCAGAGCAUAAUGACUUUUACGGUGGAUGGUGUUCAGUUGUGAGUUUCAUUGAUACGAAAAUUGCCUCACUCUUAUAAAAAAGACCCUUUCAUAACUGUCAUCAAUUAUGUUGAUAAAAAACUGAGUUCGAUGUGUCUGUGUAAUGUUACUAUCAUAGUGCAUUUCACUGAAAGUGUAAUUAUAACUGCUUUUAUGAUGGAAUACUUUCAGUAAAUAUUGGAUACAUUUGAACUUGAUAAAACGUGUUUCAAAUCUA